AGCUACCCAAAUUAGGUACUAAAAUUAGGUACUAUUAACUAUUAGAGCUGCCGAGUUAAAAGUCAUGACGUUCCUUACAACAUUGAACUCCAGCUAACAAAGAUACAUCUUCUUGCAACUACUACCUACAUACAUGUAUGUAGGUACAUAGUAAAUAAACAACAACUUACCGUCUCCCUAAUCCGACAUUGCCUACAUACCUACACACCUACACACCUACAUACCAUCCAUCACGUCUAGCACUGAGUCAACCAUGGCAUUACCAUGGGUGAAGACCCUAGAGGAUUGUGCAGAUUACUCCCAGGUGGUCGAACCAUACCUACCGCAGCUUUACGAACUACCUACGAAGAUAGUCAACGCUAUAUCGAGCCGUGAUUCACUUUUCGAGCUGUAUAAAGAUACCAACCCUUUGUUGUCUGGCUUUAGCUUCUCUCUAUUCCUCGGUGCUAUCUUCCUCGUUGUGUCCGAAAUCAACCGUAACUACUCCCAGGUUGACCGACUGUGGAGCCUGUUGCCUACGAUAUACAAUGCACACUUUGCAGUUUGGUCUCGCCUUAACGGUCUUCCCAGUCGAAGAGUAGACCUUAUACUAUUCUGGAGCGCCAUAUGGAGCGCUCGAUUAACCUUUAAUUACGUGCGUAAGGGGGGUUACAAUAUCGGGUCAGAGGACUAUAGAUGGUCUAUAAUACGAAGCAAGGUGCAUCCGGCCUUCUUUUUCCUACUAAACGUCACUUUUAUUUCGUUUCUCCAGAGCAUACUGCUCUUCCUCCUUGCCGCCCCGACGUAUAUCGUUCUACUUGCCUCCAAAUUCGAGCAGGAUAUUACAGCAGCGGAUAUAAGUUUCACGGUAGUCCAACUUGGACUUAUAGCCUCUGAGUGGUUCAGUGACCAGCAGCAAUGGGACUAUCAAGCGGCAAAGAAGCAAUAUCAGGAAACUGCUAAGAUCUCGCGCACAAGCGGAUUCAGUCUGGAAGAUCUUGAACGGGGAUUCAUCACAAAUGGGUUCUGGGCGUAUUGUAGGCAUCCAAACUUCGCGGCCGAGCAGACAAUUUGGUUUCUACUAUACCAAUGGGGUUGUUAUGCAAGCAAAACGCUUUACAACUGGGCUGCCUUGGGCCCCGUGUUCUUGAUCAUGAUAUUCCAGGGAUCGACCUGGCUCACUGAACUGAUCAGUGCCGGAAAGUAUCCGGAGUACGAGAUUUACCAGAAGCAGAUUGGAGCCCACAUACCUAGCUUGACUCCGUACCGAGCGCCAACCGCCGCCACACCAAAGGUGAUUCGGACGAGCGAUUUAGCAAAGAAGCAGAAGGCCAAGCAAGGGUAAGAAGGGGGAUCUUGUAUAUAAUCGCCGGGUGGCUUUUGUGUGUACAUGGAGGAUGGUUACAUUCAUGAGACCUCCCUAACAGAACUGCGUUAUACUGCAAUAUGACGCAGUUGUGUAUCCCUACUAAAAAUAUUUGAAGGUCAAGGUGAAUUGCGAACAUCUAUUCGACCUCGGUAGGGUGCGGGGAAAUUGUCUCAAUACGUGGGAUUGGGUAGGUAGGUA